CAGACGAUAAACUUAAGGUCAUAAAUGCUACUUAGUUAUCGGAUAAGUACAAUUAGAAUAAAAAUAAUCGAAUCAAUUCAAAACAGUGCGCAAUUUUAUAUAAAAUAAUACAACCAGUCAACCGGAUGUAGCUCGUUUCUUCCAUUCCUUUCUUUCCUUUCUUCCAAACGAUUGAAUAACCCUAUGCAAAGUGCAAACUAGGUUGGUCUAAUUCGCGGCAUUAUAUUUGAUUUGCCUAAUCUAGCCUUAAUUCCUCCUAAUGUGCACGAAUAACAGCACGCGUGGAAGUGUCCGACGAGUUACAAAAAUAAAAGAACAAAUCGUGUCUCUUAAUGCGUAUAAUGAAUAGUGCCUUUAUUUCCGUUGUUUUUUUUAUUGCCGUCACUUCCAUUGACUGUUAUUAUUUCGAGGAUAACAGACCCAGAUAUUUGACGGCGGCGGUGGGGGAUUCGGUUGUUUUUAAUUGUCAAAUCGACUUUCCACAAAGUUUUCCCAUACCUUAUAAGCUUUUUUGGAAAAGGAAGGGUGAAGUUAUUUAUUCUUGGCAAGAUGGCGCGGUGACCGAAGCUGACGAAUACGUCGGUAGAAUCGUUUUAGUCAAUAGCAAUUUACAUCGGACUUACGGACAAGCAUCGAUUAAUAUAACGUCAGUAAGAGAAGCAGAUGCGGGGUGGUUUGAAUGCAGGACGCAUUUUCCCAACAGGACACCUCCAUGGAGGAACAAUGGUACCUGGUUCCACCUUACAGUCAGCGGUGGAAAUUUGCUAGCGAUUCCUCCUUUAAACAAGACAGUGUUGGAAGGAGAUGAGGUUGAAUUCACUUGCCUUACCAAAGAUUUUGAAAUUCGAGUGAAAUGGUUCAAAGACGGUAUUGCUCUGUCAGAGUAUCACGAUCUAAUAAACAGAUCUUGGAUAACGAAAGACAAUUCCUUAGUCAUCCGUCCAGCUGACUCCGGGGAUACCGGAGAAUAUGAAUGUGAGGCUUCCAAUAUAGAUGGGGAACGACAAACUGCUAGGGCUUAUUUAAAUGUACAAUACAAGGCCAAAGUUGUAUACGCUCCUCCAGAAAUUCACCUUCCAUUCGGACGUCCCGCUAUACUCGAUUGCCACUAUCGUGCCAAUCCGCCUUUAACGAAUCUACGGUGGGACAAAGAUGGUUUUCUCUUCGACCCUUACAACAUCCAAGGGGUUUUUUAUAGAAGAAACGGUAGUUUAUUCAUCAAUAGAGUUGAUGAAUCGCAUAAUGGCAUUUACACUUGCACGCCUUACAAUGAUUUAGGCACAGCAGGAGCUUCGACCAAUAUGCACGUCAUAGUUCAGAAACCGCCAGUUUUUUUGAAAACUCCUCAUAAUUUGUAUCUGAGAAAAUUGGGGGAGACAGUAGAAAUGACUUGUGAUGCUAGAGAUGGCGAAGAUGGUCAUAAACCCAUGGUCGUUUGGUAUAAGAAAGACGGAUCGACCCUUCCACUUGGUCGUUAUUCUAUAAAAGACGGCAAUCUAACCAUCACAGAGAUUCAAACCGAUGACAGAGGAAUCUACCAGUGUUCGGCUAGCAAUAAAGCGGCCACCAUAACAGUAGAAACCGAACUAUUGGUGGAAAAUAUACCAUCCAGUGCCCCUUACAAUCUCACAGCUGCUUCUUCACCAACCUCAGUUCACUUGACGUGGUUAAUAAGCAGGCAUAGAACUAACGUUGAUUUCAGCGUUUGGUAUAAAAGUAGGGAUAGUACGGAAUGGAAGACUUACGCUGUGACUUCUACCAAGUCCAUGGAAGCGACCAUUACUAACUUAAAUCCAGGAACUGCUUACGAAUUUAUGAUACUUUGUAAAGACGACAACGGUGACGGCUUCUUUAGCAAAUCAAUUCUGGUUUGGACUAAAGAAUUGGAAAGCGAACCCGAACCGAUAUUUAUAGGAGGACGAUAUCCACCUGUGGGUUAUCCCAGGAAUGUUUCGGUACACCCUACGGACUCGGGACUAUUGGUUACAUGGAAACGGCCGGAAUAUGGAAUGGAAUAUUUGAAAUGGUACAUUGUCAGAUGGUCAAAAGUUACUGACGAAUAUAUUUUUGGAUCUGCGGAUACCACUAAUACUACAUAUUUAAUUACAGAUCUAUCGGAAGGAGUAGACUACGACAUACAAGUCGUAGCCCUAUCCCUGGACGACCAGCAAUCUGUGAGUUCUAAAGUAAGGGGUACCUUUCCAGGAUUUAAAAGUAUUAGAGCUGUAGCGACCGGUAUCAUUGCAGGGUUGGCUUUCCUAGCAGUGGCGUUCGUCGCCGUAUAUUACAUCAAGAGAAAAUGGUACCGACCUUACCCUCAACCGUGCAUCAAAACGUAGUUGUGAUUUGCAAUGUUAGAGAGAUCGCAGGCCAUGAAUGUAUUUUAAUAUUUUCUUUUCCCUCAGAUAAAUUAAAAAUAAAAAUCGGCCAAGUGAGAGUCGGACUUAUUCAUGCAUAAAGGGUUCCACACCAUCGUACAAUAUUUAAUAAUACUAUGUAGGUACUUAUUAAAUACUUUUUAAAAUCCAGCAAAAAACCGUUUUUAGUAAGGGCGCUUCCUUUAAUUCUGUGAAAAUUUCAACUGUCUACCUAUUACGAAUCACGAGAUACAGCCCACUGACAGAUGGACAUGUGGACGGACAGCGGAGGCUUAGCAAUAGGGUCCCAUUGGUUACCGUUCCGGUAUGGAACCUUAAAAAAGAUAGGUAACGGGUGCCGUUUAAUAUAAGCUUUGUUUAAAGCCAUUAUAUGUAUACAAAAAAUUGACAGUUUGGUACUCCAAUGGCCUAUAUUAUGUAGUCCAGAAUCUUAUAUCUAUAUCUAAAUAACACAUUUAUAAUUAAAUACAUUGACGACAGUUUUUAAAACAAUAUAGAAAUCGUAAAUAAAAUUCUACGUUCGGUAGGAAAUAGGAACAUUCCAUCUAUAAUUAACCAAGAUACUGAAAACGUAUUUGCUAUUAAAAGAAUCUAAAGCGCAGCUACCAAUAGGAAAUAUAUUUCUAAAACUACAUUAAAUGAAAAAUCUAUCAAAGUUCACGAACGUUUACCACAAGUUAUUAAUAUUGCUAAUUGUAAUAUUGGCAAUGUAAAUUCUCAUCUAGUUAAUUAGUCAUCAAAUUUAGUAAACGAUAUAAAGGUCAAACUAUAAAUAAUAUUUUUAUAAGGGUAUUCCUAUGACAGCUUCAAAAUAUUAGGACUAAUUUUUGACAGUAAAUUAUCCUCGAUAAACCAGGAGCGAUUGCCUGAGAAUUAAUUUACUAAAAAUGUUGGUCCAUCAUCAUUGGGAG